ACGUGCAUCAUCGCGUACCCGGGAAAUUUCGUAUACGCGCCGUCCCGUGCACGAUCUGCACGCGAGAGCGACGACGGGGCGACGGCGAUUGUGACGCGCGCGGAAAAAUCGCGUCGCGAGGAGCCACCGGUUACCGGGACAAAUCGGAGGGAAAACUGCCCGGCUCGCGGGCAACACGACGGGCGCCAUUCCCCGCCGGCGCGGUAGCGAGUCAGCCCUCUCCGAUUUGGUGGCUUUCGAUCUUCGAAUUGUGCGUUCCCGAACCUACGGAAUAACUUAAUCGAUCAAAAUGGCAAGCGAGCCAUGUGCCGAUAUGCCCACUUUCAAAUGCGUACUGGUCGGCGACGGUGGUACUGGCAAGACCACUUUUGUCAAACGGCAUCUAACUGGUGAAUUCGAGAAGAAGUACGUUGCCACUCUUGGAGUCGAGGUUCAUCCACUGAUUUUUCAUACCAAUCGAGGACCGAUCCGCUUCAACGUCUGGGACACGGCUGGCCAAGAGAAGUUUGGUGGUCUUCGCGAUGGCUACUACAUUCAGGGACAGUGUGCCGUUAUCAUGUUUGAUGUUACAUCCAGGGUAACAUACAAAAAUGUACCCAAUUGGCACAGGGAUCUGGUCCGCGUCUGCGAAAACAUCCCGAUUGUCCUAUGCGGCAAUAAAGUUGAUAUAAAGGACAGAAAAGUUAAAGCCAAGAGUAUUGUAUUCCAUAGGAAGAAGAAUCUUCAGUACUACGAUAUCAGUGCAAAGAGUAAUUACAACUUUGAGAAACCUUUCCUAUGGCUGGCACGUAAAUUGAUUGGAGAUCCAAACCUGGAAUUCGUCGCUAUGCCCGCACUCUUGCCACCAGAAGUUACUAUGGAUCCACAAUGGCAGCAACAAAUCGAGAAGGAUCUCAAGGAAGCUCAAGAAACAGCUUUACCAGAGGACGACGAAGAUCUUUAGUUUAUUUAACAUGGGGAUGGCCUUUACAAAGUAAGGCCUAUUAUACGAGUGCUCUUUGGUUGUAUCGCGCACUCGUACAUCUUUAUAGAAAUCGAAGAUUCUUUCUUUAAGAACAAAAAAUAACUUAUACGCAAUACUUGGUUGGAUGCUUUCUGGAUACAGAACUUCUGUGAAUUUGCAUAUUACAUGUAUAGCCUUAAAGAUGGGUUGCUUGAAUGCGUUAUAAUGUGAAUUGCGCAACGUGUGUAUGCGAUUUGCACCUGAAUGUUUAGAUUUUGUAAAAUUCCUUUGUAAUAAUGGUGAUAUAUUAUCACAUAAAUUUGUGAAUUAUAAAUGGAAUAAAAUAAUGGAAAAACUGAAGAAAUGACUUGUGAUACGAAUUCAUAAAACACAGCCUGUUGCUAAAGCUGAUACGAUACAAAACGAAAGUUGAGAAAAAUUCGCUUCAUUUUCCGAUUCACUUGUUUGUAUAGAUGUGCGUGCGUGCGUGUGUAUGUACAUAUAUACAUAAGAAAUGGGAUUGUACAAGAUGUGCUGUAUAUUAAACACAAUCGCGGUAAAACCCACUUUAAGGCAUAUCAAAAGCAUUAUCUAUUUAUUUUCAUAUUUUCCUAAUACAAAAUAUAGAAUAAAAACUGCCAAUUCUGAAAUCAGUGAACUAAACUGCUGUCCAGUUCAAUGUAGCGAAUAGAAAUUACAUUCUGACGCAUAAUACAUGUCUUUCUCUUAACAAAACUUCUAUAGCAAUUAAUAGAUUACUUAACUACAAAAAAAUGUUCGAUGCAAGUCACUUCAAUUUCGCUAUAAUAAUACAAGACAACAUAUUCAUUCUCGAUUGAACAUAAAUGUAUAUAAUAAAUCCAAUAUGAAAGGAUUUGUUUACAAGAAAGAAUCUUACGAUACACAAAAUUAAUAUUAGAAGUCACCGUUUGCAUACUUAAGUAUGAACAGCAGAAUAAAACUGGACUGAAGUAUCAUUUAAAAAAACUAACUUAUGCCAUAUAUACACUUUCUUGAUAAAAUUACUUAAAAAACUUACUAGCGUGUGAAUCGAAGGGUACGAAUGUUGAGAGAGCGACCAUCUUUCGUAAGUGUCUCCAAUGAUGGUGUCUUCUAAAGAAUGUUUUGAAAUGAAAUACAGAUUCGUAAUCUGUUGCGUCUGUCCAUUUUGACGAAGACUGUUUGCUAUUUUUAUAAGCAAAAGAUGAAUGUAUGAUUUGUUCAACUUAAAUUAUAUGUGAACAGUUUUUUUCUAUACUAAAACUGUUCUUUUAGGGAUAUGUGAAAUUGUGAAUCUUUUCCUUUAAAAUCCUCGUUAUUAUCGAUCGAAAAUCCAAUAGAGAAAAAUACAUCACGUGUAAAUUAAACCACUGAAUAUCUAACAUAAAAGUUAGGAAUGGCACAUCGCAACAUGUAUGUUUAAUUCUUAUAUACUUCUAAUAGCAUUUCAUUAUUCUGCUUGAAGCAGAUUAUAUCGCGCAGAUGUAUGGAUUUUAAUAAAUUAUCAAACUGUUUUUAAAGAUA